AAAGCUUGUACCCUGCCGCGACGGCGACCUGCAAGCUGCAACGACGUGAGCCUGCAGAGUCAACGGCGAAAGAUUUCGUGCAAUGAAGAAGCUCUUCACAAAGCCGUUCAAGAAGCAGGCUCUUCCAUCGCCCAAGCCUCCAUCGGCCCUGCCUGCGACGACGCACGCGAUCCCGGCUCUUCAGCCGAAAUUUACGCUUCCGCCCAGCCCGCAUCCCUGCCCGCACGAGUACAUUGCAAUUCUGGCCUCUCCUGAAGGCCUUUUGCUAAGACCGCAUCUACUGCAAGGUGUCCUUCCCGAGUCACACGUUCGGAUAGCAUGGGGCAAGGAGGGCCUUAUACAGGAGAUUCAGACCGAUGGAGCAGGUGACGGGCUGGACUGGUCCGAGAGCGUAGUUGUGUACGGCAUUGUUGGUAUCAUGAGCUUAUUCACAGCAUCCCAUCUGUUUGUGGUGUCUGGGCGGGAUGAGGUCGGUUAUGUUCUUGAUUCUAGUCAGGAAGUGUUUUCGGUCAAGAACGUUGCAGUUAUCCCUUUGGUCGAAGGCCGCGCCAGGGACGCUCUCAAGCUACUUGCAACGCGCAGAAACGUGAACCCACGAUUGUCUCUCAUUCCUACCGGGGCCGUCUCUGCUCCAGGUUCUAUAGAUGACGUCCCAGGUACACCCGACACGAAGGACCCUAAUACCCCUCGUGUCACCUUCGCGCAAGAAGAGCAGGUCAAGGUCAUGACUCCGUUAUCUGCACAGGGUUUUGGCAGAGUCUCAGACGAUGAGUCUGAACCCAACACCGGCAUGUCAUCCCCCUCCGACUCCGCGCAGUCGACGCCAUCGUCCGAGUUUUCCGUCAUGACCGGGAACAUUGCGAAAACACUGGCAGAUAGAUUGUCAUUCUGGAACAAGAUGUCCAGACGAGACAGUGCUACUACUAUUGGCCAGACUCUUGCAGCAAAUGAAAGAGAAAGGGAACCCUCUCCUGCUCCUUCAAGUUCAGCGUCCAUACAUGAGCGCACAUCUUUGGAUGCUAUUAUCAAGAAAGGCGACGAGGAACCCUCUGAGGUGCUCGAUACCAUCCUGAACCAGCAAUCACCAUCACCUGGGACUACCGAGCAGAAGAAUACAGAGCUGGAGGAGAAGAUUCUCAAGGAAAUUGUGCACCAAUUCUCUAGAGGCGGCAUGUACUUCGCAUAUUGCUUUGACAUUACCCGGUCACUGCAACACAAGCAGGAGAUGAUAUCGAAAGCUAAGAAGCGGAGCACGUUGCUAUCUGACCUCAAUGCUGUAGAUGAACAGUGCAUGCUGAGCCCGGAGGAUGGCAAAGUUCAUGUCGUGGGCGAUCCGUCAGCCACGCUGCCUCUGUGGCGCCGCGUCGACCGGCAGUAUUGGUGGAACGAAUGGCUUUCGAAACCACUGCUUGACGCAGGCCUCCAUACAUUCGUGCUACCGAUCAUGCAAGGCUUUUUCCAGUUAGCGCACUUUGGUAUACCACGAGAACCCGAGGCAUCUGAAGAAGGCGACGUUGCGGUGGUGGACUAUAUUCUCAUUUCGCGACGCUCUAGGGAUCGCGCUGGUCUACGAUUCCAGAGACGAGGUAUAGACGAUGACGCGAACAUUGCGAACUUCGUUGAGACAGAGACUAUUAUGCGGGUCGAGAGGGAAGGACACCAGAACGUCUUUAGCUAUGUUCAGACUCGCGGGUCAAGUACGCUUACGUGGCUUGUUUUGCCCUUGAAGGAUUACUUGCUGACAUAUAGUGCCGCAGUACCGCUAUUCUGGAGUCAAUCAGGAUACGGUCUCAGACCUGCGCCUGUGCUGUCUCCCGAUCGCACCCACGUACAGAAUCUGGACGCCCUUAAACGGCACCUCCAACGUCUGCUCCAGCGCUACGGACCUCUUACCAUUGUGAAUUUGGCCGAGCAGCAUGGCAAAGAGUCAGUUGUGACACAUGCCUAUCAUGACCACAUUCAUGAAGGUGCUUUGAAAGAUGUGCAAUAUGUCGACUACGACUUUCAUACAGAGACAAAGGGCAUGAAGUACGAGAACAUCUCAAAGCUGAUUGAAAAGAUGCAGCGUACUUUUGAGGGUCACGGGUACCUCUGGAUCUCCAAUGACCUCAUCAUGUCGCAGCAGAAAGGCGUGUUCCGCGUAAACUGCAUCGACUGCCUCGAUCGGACCAAUGUCGUAGAGUCUGCUUUCGCACGACACGUCCUGAGCAGACAGCUUGGCGCAGUCGCUUUGCCGCAACCAUCAGACGGCCAUAGGACUGAAACAGAUGUGGUGUUCAAUGAUGUGUGGGCCAAUAAUGGCGAUGCCAUCAGCAGAGAAUACGCUGGAACAUCCGCUCUGAAGGGCGACUUCACGAGGACGGGUAAGCGGGACCUAGGUGGCAUGCUGAACGACGGGGUGAAUUCGCUUGCGAGGAUGUACACUUCGACAUUCGCCGACUGGUUCGGCCAGGCUGUCAUCGACUUUAUGCUUGGCAACCGUACCAUUUCCGUGUUCUCAGAGUUCCUGCUCAAGCUGCAGUCUAGCGAUCCCAGGGAUCUCAUCCGGAUCUCUAGGAUUCGUGCGGAAGCGAUCGCGGACUGUGUCUCAAGAGUGCUCUCCGAAGGCGAACGGCUACUGUCGGGAUGGACGCUUUUUGCGCCAUCAGAGAUGAACGUCAAGAUUUCCGACAAGUUUGAGGAAAAGGUCUUGCUACUGACUGUCGGUGCUAUUUAUAUAAUUAGCUAUGAUUAUACCCUGGAGAAAGUAAAGAUGUAUACUCGUGUACCACUCGGAGAUAUUAUAUCGAUUACGAAAGGCGUGUACAUUCUGUCACCUCUGGAAGAGGGAAGCCGCGACCCUCUACAAAACUGCGGUUUCUUGAUCACCUGGCGGAAUGCCCGACAAGACACCCGUGUCACGAGCUAUUCAAUUGGAAACAACAUUGGCUUUGCCAGUCCUUCAUCGUCCCCCAAAGCUGUUGUCACGCCGCAGCCUACGGAUAGACCAUCUUCACCACGACCGUGGCCGCGCAGGGCAAACACGCUCUCGAACAUCCUGUCAAAGGCGGCGGCUCCUGUGCUUAACAAAGACACGACGUUUGCGGCGUUCAAGGCGCUUCCCAUCGACCCUGCACGCAGUCGAAGGGAAAAUGGUAGCUUUUUUGAACCAGCAGAUGAACUGACCGGCGUGUCGAAUUGCAAGGAGGCGGUGGACGUAAUGGUCGAUGCUGUUGCCCGUGCAUGUUCAGAAGCAGGCAGCGGAAAAGAAAUUUCCAUCAAACAGGAGGAUGUCGUAAGUUUGCGCAGCUUAGUAGAGGCACAGCGGAACACGAGUGUGUAUGCGAAGAUGGAGUAUGGAGUCAAGAGGCUUUUAUGGCUCGGAGGCUAGAAGCUGUUAGAGUCGAUAUCUAUUCUGUUUACAUGCGGACCGUACCAGAUACCCAUCAAUUAUUUCUGUCGAGGCGUACAGAGAG